AUAAAUAAAUAAUAAUGUCUUCUAACGAAAAUUUAUAAGCAGCUUUAAAAAAAAGAGCUUAACCCAAACCAGCUACAGGAAAAUCAUCUGGUGGAUCAAAAAGUUCUGGACCAGUAAAUGUAGGUACAUCUGAUGUUGGUCUUAAAGUACAACCAAGAUCUGUUUUAGUUAUUUCUCUUGUAUUUAUGGGUAUAGUUAUACUUUUACAUAUAUUUGGUAAAUUACGUGGAACUUCAUCUGCUGCAUAAGGAGCAGAAACACCUUAAGGAGCCUAAGAAGAAGAUGGAUUAUGAUUAUGAUUUUGAUUUAAAAUAUUUUAUUUUUUUGUAUUAAAUUUCUUAUGUUUUUAUAUUUAUAUUUUUCGUAAGUAUAAGGUACACCGUAUUUAAUAUUAUUCAAGAAAAAUAUUAUUAUAACAUAGUUUUCAAUCAAAAGCAAACA